AUGUCUUCGUCGUUCAUCUCGAAAUCCCCUGGGCCAUCGUGUAUUUGUCAUUCGUCCAGAGGUUCAAAACCUCCACAACUAGAACUCAACCUUGGUUCCAUCAGUCCUCUGCGUAUAUUAUCCGGAUACGCGUUCAAGGACUUUGAGAAUCAUUGUGAGCACGACAUGGCGCCCUCAGAUGAAUCCGAAUCUCUGUCGUCGUUCGAAACUUCGUCUUCUACCUGUUCAUCUCCUAGCCUAAAUGGCUCUUCAGAACAUUUAACAAUUACCCUCCAGUCUCUGGUAGACGGAGGGGAUGACGAGGCAGGCUGCCGGAAAGACACAAGACCUCUGCCGCCUGUUCCCACUUCUGCUUCUACACUUUGCCCUACACCAGCUAUUUCUCCCAGAACGCGACCGCUCCCUCCUACUCCGCAUUUGAAGACAGAAGAUGUGGCGAUUUCCGUAACCCUUGCAACGCCCUUGUCUUCACCCAUUCCUCCCACCAGUUCACCUAACCAUCUUUCUCCACCGAGAGUACGACGUCUACCCACUCCUUUCAUAUCACCUUCUAUCCCACGACAGCCUUCCUGUGACACACUUUCAACCUCUGACUGUCACUGUUUGACCGCAGAUAGCCCUCCGAGCCCCACUUUGACAAUUGAAGGUCUAUCCCCUGAAGCUGUCAUACAUCGUCGUCUGUCCAAAUUAAGACGUUAUCUGGGUGAAACAAUACCCCAUGACUUGGUCCCGGUUAUUUCCUCUGCGCGCGAUCCACGAGCUGCGAAAGACUUGCUUGUGCGUUUGAGCAGUUUCUCGGGAUCAGAAAACACCAUCCAUGAACCAGCACUAGAUCCUGUCGUGAUCUCACAAAAAUUGAAAGAAUUGGAGGCUGAUGAAUCUUUGUCUGACGACGAAGACGAGGAUAUCGUGUUCGUCGAAGCAGAGUCCCCUGUGGAGGGAUCAGAAUCUUGGUCUGCUGGAGGCGAUAUUUCUUUCCGGGCCGCCCCUUUGCAUCGAUAUAGCAAAAAAUGGGUCUGGGAGAAGAAAGGACGCCGACGUGAGGAGCAAGAUUAUGCGUAUAUCCUGCGCGCGCUUCGAUCGCUUUGA